AUGAGUAAUGCAGAAACUUUCAACGUGGAGAGGAAUUCAGAAGGCAUGAUAUUUGAGAUAUUGAAGAAAGCCGCAAAUGGCUCCUCGGCGGCUCGACUGGGAAGACUGAGUCUCCCCAAACGGAAUCCCAUCGAAACCCCGAACUACAUCGCCGUGGCAUCCAGAGGCGUCGUCCCUCACGUCACGCCCGACAACCUCGAAAAAUAUACUUCUAUCAGUGCAGUGUACAUGGCGCUUGAGGACUUCAUCGAAAAGAAGAACCCUUCGGUGCUCUCAAUACCCUCGCCAGAUAAGAAGCCCCUCCACACCUUUGCCUGCCUCCCCGAUGGCGUGGCCACUGUUCUUGCCCCUAGACGAUGCCCAGCGAUUAAGACUCCCGUAGGAAACGGCGCAAAAUUCAUGGCCAUCUUCACCUCGACCGGCUUCCGGAACCUCACCACGGACGAGUACUCGGCGGCUGUCGAGACGCUCAAGCCCGACAUUGCCAUUGGCCCCGCCGACCUGUUCCAUACGAGCACGAUGCCGGUUCCGAAGAAGCUGGCCCGCAUGGCAGAGCGCACCGAGGAGUGGACUAACGCGUUUCUGACGCCCAAGAGGCGGGAGGCUUUUGAGGAGUCUGGGGUCUCUGUGUUUGCGCCAGUCCUAGCGGUGCCGCAUCCCAUACAGUGGGAGCAUCUUCGUCACUUGGCUGAGGAUGUCAUCGACUCUAUCUCAGGGCUCGCAAUCUACGACGUGGACCUACUGCCCGAUAUGGAGGACAGUUACGAACCUCUGGUUUCGCUGCCGCGUCUCUCUCUCCAUAUUCCCUCCACGCCCCAAGCGAUACUCCGGCAAAUCUCUCUGGGCGUUGAUGUUUGCACGAUCCCUUUCAUGAACACCAUCUCCGACGCUGGCGUAGCGCUGUCAUUCACCUUUCCUCCACCCAGUACUCAGAGCAACGCUAUCUUGCCGCUCGGCGACGACAUGUGGUCUCCCGAGAAUGAGACCUCUCUUAAACCUCUUGUUGAAGGCUGUCAAUGCUACGCUUGCACAACGCACCACCGAGCCUUUCUGCAUCACCUCCUCAACGCCAAAGAGAUGCUAGGCUGGACACUGCUGCAGAUUCACAACCACCAUACCAUGAAGGAGUUCUUCACCGGUAUCCGAACGACACUUGCGGAGGAGCCCUUCGCGGAGAAGUUCGAAGAACAGGCGGAGCGCUUCGCCGCGGUGUACGAGGCGGAGCUGCCGCAGGGCACGGGGACGAGACCCAGGGCGAGGGGAUAUCACUUCAAGCCAGACCCGAAUCCUAGUAGGAUCAACCCGCCGGCGUGGGAGAGAUUCUCAGCGGGCGGGGAGGCUGUGGCCAACGGGGUCGCUGGCGCAGCAGUGGCGCCGGAGGGGACGGAGACUCCGCUUGUGCCGGACGUGGGAUCGCUGAAGCUUGAGGAGAAGGGGUUUGCGGAGGUUGCGCAUGACAAGCAGAAGCCUGAACCAUAG